UUCCUCUUUCAGAGCCGAAGAGAAACCCUAGCAACACUUUGCUGCCAACUUUGAACUGCGGCUGCUCAAAUUUGCACAUUCCCAGUAACAGACGAAACGAUGUCUUCCGUUAGUGAAGCUGCUUGCUCCUACGCUGCUUUGAUUCUCCACGACGAUGGCAUUCCCAUUACCGCUGAGAAGAUUGCAACUAUAGUUAAAGUUGCAAAUGUUUCGGUUGAAUCUUAUUGGCCAGGUUUGUUCGCUAAGCUUUUCGAGAAGUGUGACAUUGAGAAUCUUAUAACCAAUGUUGGUGCUGGUGGUGGUGGUGCUCCGGUUGCAGCUGCGCCUGUUGCUGCCGCUGGUGGAGGUGGCGCUGCUGCUCCACCUCCUGCUGAGGAAAAGAAGAAGGAAGAGCCAGAGGAGGAGAGCGAUGAUGAUUUGGGAUUUGGUUUGUUUGAUUAGAAAGCUCCUUUCAGCUCCUGUUUUGGUCACAUUACUGGUUUAAUGCUUUAAGCUUUGAGAGUAGUUGCUGUUUUGAGUUUUAUCUGUGUUAGUAUUUGUCUGUUUUGAGUAAUCUUCCUUUAAGAAUUGUAUGUUUGAGUCUCUUUUUUAUAUAUAUACAAGUCUUCUAAGACCAUUUUU